AUGGCAACCAUCAUAGAUGAAAUCACAUUCAUCUGGUGUCGUCCAAAAGCACUGUCUGCCGUAUUAUUUCUCGUCAAUCGCUAUGUUGCUCUGCUCGGCAAUGUCUAUAUGUUAUCUGUGUAUCUUCUGCCCAUUUCAGAUGAGAGGUUUCAAUUUUGGUUCUUCAAUGUGUUGUUUUCUCAACAAAAAUAUAGCUGUCUAGUAUCCAGAGAUCUACUCUUUUUCUUCCAACAAAUCUUCGUUUGCCUUAUAUUGACUCUUCGCACUUACGCUCUCUACUUCCGUAGCAAACGCCUCCUUGCUUGGAUGGUAAUCAUCGUUUUUGCUCUUGGGGGAGUGACUGCGGGAACGUUUCGGUUCCGUUCAAGCAACAUGCCAGGAUUUAAUUGCCUCGAGUCAUAUUCAGAAGAGAUAGCCGUCAGUCCCGGGCUGGGAUGGGUGACGCUACUCGUCUAUGAAUUACUCAUAUUUGUCCUCACAGUUUGCAGGAUAUGGAAAAUUAGAGGACUGUCCCUGGCAAUAUCGAGGAGAAACAUACUUGGUAUCAUAUUUCAAGAUGGCAUAGUGUAUUUCGCGGUGAUGACAUUGAUUAACCUAUUCAACAUCCUGACGUACUACUGCAUUUCAAAUACCACCAGAGGCUGUAUGGCUACAUUUACUAGCUGCAUGUCCGUGACUCUCAUCUCUCGGCUGAUGCUUAAUCUGCAUAAACAUGUCGAUGCAGGCAUCUUUACCACUCCCGUACGAGAUGACGAAUACGACUCCGCUGUCCUUACCACUAGGGUCGACGUACAGUCAGCGAUCUCCUCUAGCCAUUGCUAG